AUGAGGGACCGAGCUGAUCUUGUUGAGCAAGUAGAUCUUGAACAUCUUUCGCAAGAUGAUUCAAGCAUCGUCUCGGACGGUGAAGGAGGCCUGCAAGCAUGGCUUACCAUCACCGGAUCAUUCCUUGUCUACUUCGCUUCCUUCGGCUACAUGAAUAGUUUUGGCUUCUUCCAAGACUACUACCAGCAGCACUACCUCAGCGACUAUGCACCCUCUCUGAUUGCCCUGAUUGGAACGCUUCAACUUGGCCUCAUGUAUCUUGUUGGCCCGGUGGCAGGCGUUCUGUUCGACGCGUACGGGUUUCAGGGACUGUACGCUAUAGCUGCUGUUGGUUCAAUCGUGUCCUGCAUUGGGCUUUCCUUUGCUCAAUCGGGACACAUAUGGCAACAGUUUCUAUUUCAAGGAGUCGUAUUCGGGCUUACCAUCUCGUUCGGAACGCAAAGUACUCUUGCUAUUGCUGGACAGCAUUUCAAAAAGAAGCGCUCACUUGCCAUGGGAAUCGUGGCUGGAGGAAGCAGCGCUGGAGGUGUUUGCCUCCCAAUCAUGUUCUCCCGCCUGGUGCCGCAGAUCGGCUUCGGCUGGUCCAUUCGAGUCGCUGCCUUGAUCUUUCUCUGUUGCUACGGUACGGCUACGGUCAUCUCCAAACCGAAACUUCCGCGUAAACCCCUCAAGUCUGCGCGUGAAAUCCUCGAUUUCGACGGUUACCGAGACCCUCGCUACUGUGCUAUAGCCGCAGCCAACUUUGUUGGAAAUCUGGGGCUUUAUAUCCCAUACUACUACGUUGAGCCGUAUUUCUCCAUCGCCUAUCCAAACGCCUCUAUCCGGAGCUACCUUCUUCCCCUCAUUAAUGCAUCAAGCUUUUUCGGCCGCCUCUGUGGUGGAUAUGCCGCCGACCACAUCGGCCGCCUCAACCUGCUGUACCUCAUGACCACUCUGUCCGGAAUCAUCAGCUUGGCCAUGUGGCUGCCAGCCACCAACCCCGCAACAGUCAUCGCGUUCACGUGCCUCUACGGAUUCUGCUCCGGGAUCUUCAUCAGCGUCACGCCGUCGGCCGUUGCCCAGAUCUCGCCGGAAGAGAAGCUCGGCGCCCGUCUCGGCGCCCUGAACAUCAGCGCCAUGACUGUCCUUGUCGGGACGCCCAUCGGUGGUGCUUUCAUCAAGAAUGGCACCGUUGAGGAGUACAAUCGGUUGAUUGUCUACGGUGGCGUCACGACUACCGUUGCGGGGCUUCUGAUGUUCGCUGCCAGGAUCCUGUGCGAUCGGGAUCUCAGGAAGAAAUGGUAG